AUGAUCUGUUUAAACGCUUUAAUAAUUGUUUUCUUUUUAUUGAAACUUUCCUUCUAAGUUGACUAUAUAUGCGAUAUGAAUCAACCAACUAAUGUUUAUUGCGAUUAGAAUUAAAUUUGCUAAGACUGUUUAAAUGCUGAUUGUUUGUAUUGUAAAAGUGAUUUGAACACCUGUACAUAAUGUGUAAGUAAAUUCUUAUUUAAUGGAAUAUGCUCCAAUAACUAGCCAAUAGGUACUUUUUGUGAUAAAAGUACAAAAAUAUGCACUAAAUGUUCAGUCGAUUCGUGUAAUUAGUGCAUAGAUGAUAUUUAAGUAUGUUAGAAAUGCGAUUAAUCUUCAACAAAACCUUAUCUUUAUUAAAACAGCUGCUUAAAUUCUACUCCAGAUUAUGUUUAAUGCGAUUCUUAAAAUAUUUGUACUAAUAAACCACCAACAUACUGCACCGAAAAUUGCUAGACAUGCGAUUACAAGUAAAAAAUUUGCUUACAGUGUUCUAACACUUAUUUAAAAGUAAUAAGCUAAUCAUCUUCGCUUCCUACAUGUUAAAGUAAUUGUCCUUCUAAUUCUUCUUAAUAAAACUAAGAAUGUUAUGUUUGCCCUUAAUUUUGCACAUCCUGCGAUAGCUAAUUUUAAUGUCUAUCUUGUUAAUAUGGUUAUUCUCUAUAAUCUGGGGUGUGUUCUCUUUGCAAAGGAUUAGCAUAAGGGUCUAAUCCAUCUAGUUAAAAGUGUGAACCAUGCCAAAUAACAAAUUGUUAAAAUUGUACUGUAGACAGUUCUAAAUGUAAUAUGUGCUCUUCAAAUUACUAUCUUGUUAAUAACAAAUGCUAAACUAGUCAUCCUGUAGGUUAUUUUUGUGAUAGUUAAAAUGUUUGCUUUAAAUGUAAUGGUGAUUGUAAUACUUGUGAUGAAUAAAGAAAUUGCAAUACUUGCAGCGAUGGAUGUAUUUAAUGUUUAGAUUCUAAUACAUGUACUGCUUGUGGUGAUGAUUUCUUAUUAGAUAGUCAUAGAUGCACUUGUAAAAAAGGAUAUUACAAUUCCAUAAAGAAGAUCUGCUAAAAUUGUGAAGAUCUUAAUUCAAAGGAAGAUUGUAAUUAAUAAAAUAUAAAUUAUUGCUUUUUCUUUGAGGAAGAAAGUAAAUGUGUUAAUAUUUAAAAUCAAAUUUUAUAUUGCGAUCAAAAUAAUAAAUGUUACUUAAAACAACCUAAAAAAACUUAUUGCGUUAAGGGAUAAAAUUCUAUUAAUUAAUUUAAUUAACAAAAUUGCUUCUAAUGUGAUUAAUCGUGUGAAGGAUGUACAGAAAAAAGUAAUAAAGAUUGUUUAAAUUGUUCAGAAGGCUACAUUUAAUCAAAUAAUUCUUGUGUUUAACAAUUCAAAGUAUAUGAUUCGGUAACAUUUACUGAGGAUAAAGUAAAAGAGGUUGCUUAAUAAGUUUCAACAUCCUCAUAGGCAUCUACAAUUAGCACAGUAGCGCUCAAUUCAAUUGCAAAUGUUUUUUCAUCUUCUAGUUUUAGCAUUGUAACUUCUGGUUUGUCUUGCUAAAAACUCUCGUACUUGACAAUAGUUGAUUGUAAUCUACCCAGUCCAGUAUUUUAACCUUUAAAUGCAUAAAAAGAUCAAAUUCCUACCUAGUCUUUCAAGUUCCUUAAUUUCUUGAAUUAUUUUAUUCCGAAAGAUAGCAUCUAUUAUUAUGAUAUCAAAUUUGAGAAUAUCAAUCUUUCUUACAAUAUUGUAUUUAACAGCGGUUCAGCUAUUUCUGUUUUUUUGAUUUGUUUCUCCCUUAUAGCGAUCUUUUUCAUUUUGACUGAAAAGAUUAGCAACUAGAAGGUCUAAUCUAUUUCAAAAACUAUAUACAACAGUAUAUUCUCUGGGUUGACAAUAUCUUAUUUAUAGCUUGCGAUGUCUAUAUUUAUCAUAGGAAUUAAUGUUUAGAAUUUAAGAUCCCCUUUAUAAUUUUUCUGA